CUAGGACAGCCUGUUUCAAUUCGUCUAUGAUUAGGUUCAACAUUCCCAUAGAAAGAUUUGUCUCUUGUGCAAUUUUACGACAGGUUAUGUGUUGAUGAUUCAGGAUCAGGUGUUCAAUGUGCUGAAUAUUCACAGGAAUGACUACUGUGGGUUGGGAACCACUAUGGCCGGGAUCGUCACUGACGAAUGUAUGGCCAUUUUUUAAACAUUUACACCAUUCAAAUGUCUUACUGCAACUGAGCGUCUCAUCACCAUUCCCACAGAAAGCUUUGUCUCUUGUGCAAUUUCACGUCAGGUUUUCGUCUUUGUACACAAGAAACUUCAUCACCACAUGCUGUUCCAUGCACACACUAACAUUGUUGUCUGUC